UCCACCUACGACCGGAAGGAGGAGCAGGCGCGGUGCGGGUCUUCGUUCCUCCCGUUCCUUUUGCCGCCCAAAAAGCUCCAAUGGCUCAAGAUUUAAGACCAUGGUAUUCACAACAAGUGUAUGCAAGAUACUGGAAACAUUACAACCAAGCCAUGGAGUGGAUGCAUAGACAUAAAAUUGCUUACAGGAAAUCCAUGGAGUCCUUGUAUCAUCCAUUGUUUUGUUCUGCUGAAAACUAUUCUGGUAGACGGUACCCAGACUGGGAGGAAGAUAACUCCCUGAGACAAGGUGCCACUGCUCAAAGCAACAAAACCUGGAGCCCUCAAAGGCCUCAACGUGCCCCUCAGAACAUCAGAAGAGAGAUGCCAGAAAGGGACUCUGAAACUGAAACAGAAUCUGAAGGUGAAGAGGAUGUGGAGUAUGAUUUGAGCAACAUGGAAAUCACGGAUGAGCUGCGCCAGUAUUUUGAGCAGACGGAGAGGCACAGGGAAGAGUUGCGUAAACAGCAACAACUUGAUGCGGAGCACCAAGAAAUGUAUGUUGAAGCUGACCAUGACCUUCACCUGUCAACCAGACGAUCAGUACAGCCCCCAGCGGAGAAGCCAGGAGAAAGGAGAAUGGCUGAAAUGAGAAAGCUUUAUGGUGUGGGUGCCAGCAAAAUCCAAGCUUUGGAGACCACCAUGCAGCUCAGCUUUGAUAGGAACUGUGAUAAAAAACAGCCCAAGUACUGGCCGAUCAUUCCUCUGAAACUCUGAACCAUGUGUCUUUCUGUUCCUUUUAGAAAACUCAGAGCUGCGUAUCUUGAUGCUCAACCAAGCAGAAGGAUUUAAGUGAAUGAAUCAAGAGUCAGCAAAAAAAGAGGCUCUUUUUUAUUUUCCUUUCCCCUUGCCAACUCUACUAUGAAUUGAUGUGCCAGUUUCCAGAGCCCAUUUCAAAUCAACAGGAAGAGCUGAAUUGGUCAUUUGUACUGUAUGGGGGCAAGGAAAUUUCUCUUUAAAAUAUAUUUUCAACUAAUUCAAUUUUGGCCUACUUCAGCCUUUCAGGAAAUGAAGCAGCAUUUGUUUUCACUUAGUUGAGCAAGGAAGUAGGUUAAAGACUAUCCAAACUUGUAGGCUGUCUGAAUAAAAAAUUAAAUUUUAGUUUUUGCUGUUACACUGCCUUUGCCAUAGAUGGUUUUACUACACCUUUUAGCCACUGUUACUUUUAUUCUGGACACAGCAGUUGCCCAAAGUACAGUAUGUUUAGCUCCCGUAGUAUAACUAUUUGAAUUAUUUCUCAAACAUUUUAAUAGUAUAGGAACCCUGUCUUCCAGACCGAAGCCUACUCUGUUGCUUUUCAGCUUAGAAGCAAACACAUAUCAAGCUUCUUUUCUGUCUUGUAUUUUACUUGUCAUGUGACCAAGUAAUAAACAUUUAUGAAAU